AUGGCCCCACCGACCAACAGCAAAGAACUACAGACAUUCUUGGGUCUGGCUACCUAUAUGGCACCAUUCAUCCCGAACCACAGUCGCCACACUGCCUCACUGCGACAGCUACUCAAGAAGGAGAGGAAGUUUGCCUGGGACGCAAGCCAACAGGAUGUGUUUGACAGGAUCAAGAAUUUAAUUUCUGAAGAAGUUACACUAACAUACUUCAGCCCAGAGAAAGAGACAGUACUGCAAGUUGACGCAUCAACAAAAGGCCUGGGAGCUACACUCUUGCAAGAAGACAAGCCAGUCGCCUUUGCCAGUAAAGCUUUAACUGACGAAGAAUGA